UUUUCAUUUGGCGUAACACUUGUCUCCAACAUCGGCGACUUCGCAAGGUUCUCCAAGGUUACCAAUUCCAGCUAUGACCGAUCCUCGAAGAGUUGCCCCCAAUGCCGACAGCAGCCAAGGCACUCAAGGGAGUAGCCAAAACCGUAGGUCCAGUUAUCAGAGGAAUGACAGAGGGCGUCAUUCUUGGUCUGACCGCGAAGAAGCGGUACUCAUCUCUGCAUUGAAGGAUUUGGUGGACAUGGGGUGGAAAUCGGACAAUGGGUUCUGAGGUGGCUACUUGAACAAGAUUGAAGAAUGGAUGCAAAAGGAGUUUCAGAGAACUGAUAUAAAAGCAAAUCCACAUAUUCAAUCAAAGAUAACCGCACUGAAAAGGAACUACAACUUGGUGUCAAACAUCUUGGACCGGAGUGGAGUUGGUUUCAAUGUGCACGGAGAUUUCAAAAUUGAUUGCUAUGAUGAUUAAUGGGAUCAAAUCGUGAAGGUUUGUGGCUCAUCUCAAUCUAUUGAAAACUGAUUUAAUUAAGCUCGCUCGAUGCGCACAAAGUCAUGGCCAUUCUGGGAUGACUGGAAGGUAAUCUUCGGGAAAGACAGGGCUAUUGGUCAUAAUGCUGAAGGAGUAAGCGAAGCAGCGAAGGAUAGCUCUCCGGAUGAGCCUGUCACUGAAAUCGGCGAGAGUGCUGAUUACCUCCCAAGCUUUGACGAUUUCAUAGGUUACGAGCAGGUUCAAGCCACAUUUGGGACCAAUGUUGUGGAUGAUAGCAGUGCUCACAGUGGACAGAACACAAACGGUCCCCCACAGGCUCCCCCCCCGAAACCGAAGCGCAAACGCAAAGUUAGCGAGGAUGAUACCGGCAUCGUGGAAAUGCUAGGAAAGAUGCACUCCGAGACUAGCGCACGUUUGGACACUCUAGCAGCGCACAUUGGGUAUGAAAUGGAUCUCGGAAAAGCAAGAAAAAAAAUAUUCCGCCACUUGUGCGACAUCCCUGGGCUGACCGAGAUUGAAAGGUAUGAUCUUUGCGAUAUCAUUGGAAAUGAGACCUCAAGACUUGAUAUUUUCACGGGUCUCCCCGACUCUUCAAAACCCAGAUAAGUUAAGAGGGUCCUGGAAAAGGAAACUCGCACCUAGCCAGGUGUGAGCACAGAUUAUGCUUGCAUCGCGACCAUCUGUUUAGCGCUGGUUGAUGUUGUUGUUGACAAACUCAUCACUUUUGGAUCAUUUCUGCAAUAUGAUGUCUUACCUAAACUAUGCUAGUCUUUUGUAGUAUAAAAUCUAUUGUAUGUUUUUGUGUAGUGCUUGCAGAUGGUUGUCUUUUGGUAUGUACUUAGGCAGGCGCACUAUAGCUUAUUAGAUAUGAACCUUUUAUGAAUAUGUUUGACUCUCUAUAUCUCUAUUAUUCUGUCAUGUUGUUUUCUA